UGGCCGUUACUCUUUACAUCUCCAGUAUUGGUGGACGAAUCAAGCCAUGCACCGCCACAGUCCAUUAAAGAGGCACGCGUUGUUCACGCGUUUUGUGAAUUUGCUUCACUUGAGAGCCGAUUAAGAAUCUUGAGAUCAUUCUGCAUUUUACCCUCAUACGAGCCCCUCUUUUCAUUCUUAGACAUAAAGAAAACACACAGAUUCUCGAGGAUACAACCCAUGAGUACUCAAUCGGGAUAUCGUCAUGGCAACAGGGCUUUCCUUCAGGCCCUCCUUGCCAAUGGAACAUUGACAUACAAAGAAGCACGGCCAAUAAUUGCCGCCAUCAUCAACGCCGACAAUUCCGGCGACCCAGAAGGUUCAGAAUGCAGGCCCGACCAGAUCACAGAAGAAGUGUUUCAUGACUACAUCGACAAAGCUUCCGCCGCAGCAUCUCAGUUUGACUAUGAGAUUCGGAGCACGCAGCACCAGGUCACCAAGGAGAGGAUCUUUGCCCUCGUGAACACCACUUCUGACCCCCAGACACAGCUCGCUACAAUAUACAGCCCGGAAGAGCUAUCCUUCAUCAAGCGAGUUCUCGAUGCCAUGUUUGAAAAGUUUAACCGGCCCCGGCUUGAGUCGCUCUGCAUUACCGAGAUGCAAGCUAUCAAACUUGCAAGGCCGCCACGCAGAGAGAGUCAGGGGGACGGAGAAGAACAGUCACAAACUCCGAUAGAUAGGGGUUUGAAGCAUAGCGAGGUGGAAAAUGUUCUCGAAAGUCUCGUUGAGGGGGGCUGGUUCGAGAUUAGCAGAGAGGGUUUCUACUCGCUGACGCCACGAGCGCUGUUGGAGCUCCGUCCUUGGCUCAUUGAUAUGUACAAUGACCCAGAUGCUGAGCCUGGCGAGUGGCAGAGGAUCAAAUUCUGCGAGGCGUGCAAGGAGAUUGUCACAUGGGGUCUCAGGUGUGCAGAUCCCGACUGCACACUCCGGCUGCAUGAUAUUUGCCAGGAAGCGUUUUGGAGGUCACGGCGGGGAACGAAUUGCCCUAAAUGCUCUCGUGAAUGGACUGGGAAUCAUUAUGUUGGAGAGAGGGCCAUCACAAUGACCGAGGCGUAUCGACGGGGUCGAAGACAGAGCGGCGGCCAUAGGAGUGCGCUGGCAGAUGAGAUUGUUCAUGAGCAGGGAGGUGACGAAGAAAGUGAAGGCGAGGAGGAGGAAUGAUGGGAUGAGAUGAAUUAUCGGCAAAGCCACGAAAUUUGCGCUGUCGUUUGGAAUAUCUUGGCUGAUAUUGUCGCGGAUAUGACUGUAUGAUGGGCGGGAUAUGGUACUACCAUUUACGAAUGAUACCCUAGAACAAUUUUUAUUGUCCAACUGA